AUGGACUUUGACUUUCAAUACGUAGGAUUUGAAAGCUCAGUCAUUGUGGGAAACAACAGAAAUCACUUGAGCUUAUUAAAAAACUGGCUAGCAACUGUGGCAAAAAGCGUGAAUUCUCUCUGGAAGCGCUGUUGGCGUGCAUCCGUAGAUGGCUGGGCUGCAAGUACAUUUCACUCACGAUGUGACAGCAAGGGCCCGACUGUGACAAUAAUAAGGGUCGGGAGAUAUAUUUUCGGAGGAUACACAAGUAUUUCAUGGAGUAAGUUAACAUUGUAAGCCAAGGCAGUGGCAUUUACACCAUUGACGUAAUCAGUUGGCAUUGAUAUCUUCAGCUAAAAGUGCAGCUUGGUGCUUAGUAAUAUGCAAUAAUGUGACUCUACCUUUCAUACAUGGCUAAGCAGUGGCGGACAAAGGUUCUAGGUUAAUAGCUCUAGAUGUGGGCCCAUAUCCCCUCGUUCCUCAAGGAGCGAGGACCGCCCCUCCUACACUCACAUGGUAUGAAAGAACGCCAUCCCCCACCCCUUUUCUAGAGUUCUGGUUCUGCGGAUGAUGGUAAGUGAUGCAUUUCUAGCUUGUCAAAACGUGCCCAAAUUCUAGGCUUAUACUCUAAUAGUAAUAAUUUUGAGGUUCUAAAAUAUCGAUAUUGUUCUGACUUUCUUGCCACCCUGCUAUCUUCCAUCCUUCAAUUCCCAUAUUGCAAAAGUAGCGACUAACGUACUUCAUCGCAAGUUUCUGGUGAAAUUUGCAAAUUUCGGCUAAGAAAAAACACUCGAUCUAAUUUGUUUUAUGAGAGUAAGGUAUUUAUUGUCUUUAAUUAAUAAUACUUAUCAUCAUCAUCGUUAUCAUUAUGACAGGCACAAAGACAAUGUCGCUAACUUAUCUUAGAAAAGUUUUGUUUCAUUUCUUUUAGCUUCUGACGGUAGCCGGUAUCAAUACGACUCAAAAGCCUUCUUAUUUUCGCUGGUAAACAAGCCAGGAUGGGCACCUGUCAAAUUGUCUCAGUCAGGGAAAUAUAGUUCUAGCAGAGCACAUUCCAUAUUCUUUCGCUCAACCUAUGGGCCUACAUUAGGAGGAGGACAUGACAUUAACAUAAAAAACUACGCAUCAUCUAAGAGCAAUUCUUACAGCGACCUUGGCUAUACUUACAGCCCACCGAGCGGAUACAGCUACACAAGCACCUUCGCACGAACAUUCCUGGCAGGAACAUACAGGUUCACACCAGACGAAGUUGAAACCUUUUACGAAACAACCUUAUUAAUAUAA